GGGAGUGCUGUCGAGGAGAGACGAGGCUUGGAGCAGCAGACCGACAAGCAGGCGGCUCUUUGUUAACCCUCAUCAGCAUUGUAGCGUUCAUUUCUUAUAAUAAGCGGGUAGUAUAAAUUAUUCGGCGUCUUGAGAUUGAACUAAAGUAUCAAAAUGAGUACAAUCAACGUGAAGAAGCUGAAAGUAAACGAGCUGAAGGACGAGCUAAAAAAGCGGCAGCUCUCAGAUAAAGGCCUGAAGGCCGAGCUGAUGGACCGCCUGCAGGCCGCGCUGGAUGCCGAGGCUGAAGCCGGAGAAGCCGCCGUGGCGGAGCCAGAACAAGAAGCCGAUGAGAAUGGAGGUGAGGAAACUGGUGGGGAGGUCGAACCCGAAAAUAUAGGAGAUGCGCUGGAGGACGAAGAGGCUCCCGUGGAAGAGAGCAUGGAGGCCGAGGAGGAAAAUGGAGGCGAAGCGGCAGAGGAAGAUCUGGGUCAGGACGAUGAAAUGGCCGCCGAAGAGGAGGAAGAUGGAGACGCCGCCAUUGACAUGGACAAAGCGCUCGAAGACGACGAUGAAGACGAUGAGAAACUCGGUGGUGAAGAUGGUGAGCAAGAGUCGCAGCCCACAGAGGGAGAUGCUGACAAAGACAACAAUGCUGAUCAGAAGAAUAAGAAGGGUGUUAAGAGACGCCGAGAGGAGCAUGGAAGGGGCUACUUUGAAUUUAUUGAAGAAAGCAAAUACAGCCGGGCCAAGUCUCCCUUGCCACCACUGGAAGAGGAGGAUGAGGAGUUUGAUGAUACCCUGGUUUGUCUGGACCUCCACAACUGCGACCUGCACUUAAAAGUGUCCCGUGACCGCUACAGUGCCACUUCUCUUACCAUGGAGAGCUUUGCUUACCUGUGGGCUGGUGGCCGGGGUUCUUAUGGUGUAAACCAGGGAAAAGCCUGCUUUGAAAUGACUGUCACUGAGAAGAUCCCAGUGAAGCACGUGAAGAGUAAGAAUGUUGUGCAUGACGUGCAGAUCGGAUGGUCACUAGCUAAUGGAAGUCUGCUGCUGGGUGAGGAUGAGCAUUCUUAUGCCUUUGGACUCAAAGGGAAGAAGACUGCGAAUUGUGAGACUGAAGACUAUGGCGAGGAAUUUGAUGAAAAUGAUGUCAUUGGCUGCUCUAUUAAUUUUGAUGCGGAUGAAGUUGAAAUUUCCUACUUCAGGAAUGGGAAGGACCUUGGUGUGGCAUUUAAGAUCAGUAAAGAGGCUUUGGAUGGACGUACUGUCUUUCCCCACGUCCUCUGCCACAACUGCUCUGUAGAGUUCAACUUUGGCCAGAAGGAGACCCCUGCUUUCCCUAUGCCAGAGGGCUUCACCUUCCUCCAACAGAUCCCAGAGGAUGUCCGUGUUCGUGGACCAAAGGGCCCUGAGACCAAAAAGGACUGUGAGGUGAUUGUCAUGGUUGGUCUGCCUGGAUCAGGAAAGACCACAUGGGUGAAUAAGUAUGUUGCAGAAAACCCUGGUAAAUAUACAGUUCUGGGAACUGACAGCAUUGUUGAGAAGAUGAUGCUUGCCAGCCUGAAGAGACAGGAAAAAGACACAACAAAACUUGCUGCCAUUUCUCAAAGUGCACCACUUUUUCUUGGCAAGUUUAUUGAGAUUGCUGCCCGCAAGAAAAGGAACUACAUCUUUGAUCAGACCAACAUUUCUGCUGCUGCCCAGAGAAGAAAGAUGUGCUUGUUUGCUGGCUUCCAGCGCAAGGCUGUGAUAGUCUUGCCCACAGAUGAGGACUACAAGGAGAGGUCCCAGAAGAAAGUUGAAGCUGAUGGCAAAGAUGUUCCUGAGCAUGCUGUGCUGAAGAUGAAGGGCUUAUACUCGCUGCCAGAAGUAGGUGGUUGCUUCUCAGAUGUCACUUAUGUAGAGCUGCAGAAGGAUGAGGCUGUCAAGCUUCUUGAGCAGUACAAGGAGGAGAGCAAGAGUGCCCUACCCCCAGAGAAGAAGGCUAACCAAGGCUCAUCCAAGAAGGGAGGUGGAGGUGGUGGCCGCAACAGAGGUGGAAAGGGCCAGUAUGGACGGAGUGGAGGCAAAGGCCAUUUCAACAGAAGCGGCGGAGGCAAAGGCCACUAUCAUCGGGGUGGUGGCGGCCCAGGGCCACGUAGAGGUUACCAGAACCGUGGACACUAUGGUGAAAUGCACAUGCCCCAUCCCUUCUUUGGCAGAGUUCCACGCCCUCUGCCACCUCCUCCUCUCCGCCUAGGCUACCCAGGCCAUGGUGGUUACGGCCGUGUCUCUGGAGGACCCCCCGGCAGGAUGCCACCCAGAGGACCAGCCAGAAACAGCAUUGGCAAUAUACCACACAGAGGUGAAGCGAUGCACCGUGGCAAACCCAUGAACCGUGGAGGUGGACAGGGUGGACCCAGCAGGGGCAACUUUGGCCAGAAAUUCCGUGGGCAUGGAGGAAACCAGCAGGGUCGUGGUGGAUAUGGAAACAGAAAUGGAAACUUUGGCAUGAAUAAAGCUCAAGCCUUCAAUCAGAGCUGGCACCAAGGGUUCUGGAACCAGAAGCCAUGGAGUCAGAAGUACCACCCAGGAUAUUACUAAACAGGCUUUUGCAUUAAAGACUGGUGGCUUGUGGAAAUACCCCCCUCUUGCAACCACAGAUCCAUUUUUACCCUCUUUUAAAAACGUUUUUAAAUAAGAAAUUGAAGGGACAUACAUUCCACAAACCCACAAGUAUCCCAUAGAUGUAUAAUGGGUUCCCCUUUUGUAAAUUUUCUGUUUUUCUUCAGGUCCCAUGUUUUGAUAUUGAGAAACCACGUUUUGUUCUGCGUGGGACGCUUUUGAUUUUACUUAAUUUCAGAGUUGUGCAUUUUAUUUUGUAAAAUGUCUUACUCAGUGUAAAUUAUUAUUUUGCAAGCUGUAUGGAUCACAUUUGAGUGUUCUGUUAGACUAUUUCUAGUAAUUGUAGUAACUUGGCAUCUUCACAGAUCUCAUGCUGAUGUUGUUACUAAGCUUUGUUUAUUGUCUGCAAUCCAUUAUGUACCACUUGCAUCAUAGGUUUGCAAUAAAUGGGUUAUUUGCUUUUGUA